UAUAAGUUCUCUCGUUUCGUUGCCUCUCGAGCCUCGCUUCCUCCCUCUCGUUUUCGCCGCUUGUGACACUAAAGGAUGGACUGUACUUCUAUGCCGUUUCCUUCCCCUCCCUCGCUCGUUCGGACCCUGUCGGAUGAUCCAAUGAUGCUGGAUACCUCUCCAGCUUACUCGUCGACAAUGCGGUCCGUUCAUAAUUAUGUACCUCACUCUCAGCCCCCCGUGGGGUUGGGAAUCUGCCACUGCGAUAUGGGCCCCUCUGCUGAGCAGUCGACGGUCUACACUUCCGAAACGUACCCAUCACCGACAACCGACUGGUCUGAUCAAAUAAUGCCUCCCGAUACCAUUAUUAAUGCCGCGCUGGACGUUGGCCCAUUUUCUCCUGCGACAAAAUACGAGCCUUUUGGCGGUUAUCCGGAUGUUUCAGCCUCGCCCCUCAGUUACUACGGUUCCCAGGCGUUGAGUGCCUCGCCAGAAUACGGUGUUCCCAUGGAAAUUGCGGGACAUCACGACAUGAUCCGGAGUCAGAGUUCAGGCAUGUGGCCGAACGAAGUUUUCGAUCCCUUUGACAGACCGUGCAAGAUUAAGGAAGAGCACAACGAAUGCUGGGACCAGGGCUUUCUUCCAACCGUCACCGAUGACCCCACGACUUCGUUAGUGGCACCGAUGCCGCAAACGAUGACCAACAACGAUAUAUCCUCUGAUCACCAGCUGACUGGGAGCACCAGUGGCACACUCGUUGAGGUUGAUCCGAAGGACGAACGUCUCCCGAAACGCGGCCAAAACUCAGUGACGCAGAGUCAUCCAUACGAGGUAAUCUUGAAGUGGACCAAAAGUCGUGGCGAAACAUCUAAUAACGAUCCCUCCAAGAUCCCAUCGGCUAGUGGUCUUGAGUGCACCACCUGUGGUACUCGCUUUACUCGACGCUCGAACUGCCGUGAGCACAUGAAGAAACACGACCCAUCCCGAAGGAAGAUGUACCACUGCGAGACCUGCGAACGGCCUUUUGGAAGGCGGACUGACCUCAGAAGACACGUGGAUAGUAUCCAUCGUGGCAUUCGAAAGUUCACCUGUGAUUUAUGUGAUCAGAAGUUCAGUCGGCAAGACACGUUAACAAGACACCGACCUGACUGCGAGAGACGAAAACGCAAAGCUGCGAAGGAAGCUAAACGCGAGAAAAAGGCCGACCCUGUGCCGCAAUCCCCCUUGACGACAGACAUUCAUGAAAUCAAGAUGGAACGAUUUACCCCAGAAAUGUGAUUUGACCUUCAUGCUCUCACAUCCGAACGAAACACUACAAAUAUGACAUUAGAACCGCGACCAGCUUUAUGCUGCGUUGAUCGCAGAUAUGGUCCUCGGUGUUCAACGAAUAUGCUUUUUUCUUUUUUUUUCUUUUCCUGUGAAUUUUAUUUUGCGAGUUCAGUAACGGGCAGUGAUGUAUACCUUGAUCGAAACUAUUGUACAUGAUGGAUGGGGGCGGCUUUUGUCAUUUUCAUUUUUAUUUAUAUCUGCACUGUUUUGCGGUUGUGUUUUGGUUUUGCACAUUUUGGACGAGUCGUUAGAUCCCGCAUUGAAGCGCUUGGGCGCUAAUAGAAAUUAGGCUUUAAUGCAUGGCUGGUCCAUGCUCAGAUCAACUUGGACCUUUGAUGGGCUUCGGGCCUUUCAACAUUUUGGAAAUCUCUUCAUUUUUUCUUAUUAUAUGCUAUUUAAUUCGCC